CAACAACAUAAGGGGGGAAACAUGAUGGGAGUAUGACGGCUGCCACACGGCUGAUAUCAAGGUUGACGCUGGUCACUGGAGGAGGCAGUGGGAUCGGACGGGCGGUAUGUCAGCGUUUGGCCUCUGAGGGCGCCUCCGUGGUGGUGGCAGACAUCAGCGAGGAGUCUGCCAACGAGACCAUGGUGGGUCUGCAGAAUGACCUCAGAGGACAGGGUCACAUGGCGGCUGUGGUGGAUGUGUCAUCAAAAGAGAGCGUGAAGAAGCUGGUCACCAGAAUACAGCCUCCCUCAGUGUGUGUGAACGCAGCAGGCAUCACGCAGGACCACUUCCUGCUCAACAUGGAGGAGGAUCACUUUGACAGAGUCAUCCAGGUCAACCUGAAGGGCUCCUUCUUGAUCACUCAGGCUGUGGCUCAGGCUCUGGUGGCCUGUGGAGCACCCAAAGGAUCCAUCAUCACCGUGGGCAGCAUCGUAGGAAAGUGAUCAUCCGUCCAUCCAUCCACCUUGUGCUCGUAGCCAAUAAAGGGUUAAAUGGU